AUGUGUCUACCCUUCCGAUCGGGGCUUGGGAGCAACCCUCAGCGGCAUCACGAACUUGCUGGUGCGAUAGGGCGGGACAGCGAUUCUGAAGGGGAGGUGGUGGUGACGGCCCGGAACCGCAUGGGCCAGCUACGGCGCGCCUUGCAGCAGAUGGGCUCCAUGUCCUCUGUGGUUUCCUCCAUCAAGACCAAGCCCAACCCGCUGCUGGAACGGCGCCGCAGCUCCUGCGACUUUUCGAACUUGCUGCCCAUUGCGAUGGACGAGUCGGAGGAGUUGGCAGAGAAGGAGCCGGGCAGAAGCCGCGCACUCAAGAUGCUGCUACGGAUGAUCAACCUGGAGGUGAAGACUAGGCAAGCCCAUCGCCGGGAGAAUCUGCUGAGAGCAGUGCUGGAUGCCUUCCAGUGCCAGGUGCAGGUGGCGCGGCACGUGCGCGGCACCUUCACCGAGCAAGAGGCCGAGGCGGUACACGAGGCCUUCGAGCGGUGCACAGGCCCCCGUGUAGAGCUGGGCUCGGAGAACUCGCUCUUCUGGUGCCUGGCGGACUUGGGCCUCACAGGCAACUCAGUGAACGAGAAGCGCCGGGUGUGGGAGCAGAUCGCCUUGGCCUUCGGGAACCCCAUGCCGGAGCCGCAGGUGGAGGAAGAGGCUGCGAGCGACAAGCUGCAGGCGCUGAUGCGCAAGGAGGGCGAGGGCAUCUGCGAACAGGACCUGAUCCUUUACGUGCUGCCGGCGGUUCGCAGAGUUCUGGAGGAACACUGCGAGGAGGAGUUGAGUCAAAAGGUGCAGCGAUUGGAUAGCGACAUCGAUGUCAACAGAAUGCCCAUCAGCCUUUGCGCGCGGGCUGCGCGGCUUCUUGGAGUGGAGAGCAACUUCUUCCUCCAAGUCGCACAAGAGACUUUCGAAGGCUCCCUUCCCAGGAUGCCUGCAACGCUCUCGCUGGAGCUGGCGGGCAGAGCGCUGCAGCGGUGCCGGGAGCGGGUGGCGCGACGUCUCCGGCGCAAGGAGCUGCAGGUGAAGCAGGAGCUGUACCUCACCGAGGCCAAAGUCAUGAGCUCCAGGCCCAAGCUGCUGGAGCUUCACCUCCGCUUCCAAGCCUACUGCGAGCCCGAGAAGACAGAGGGCUUGAAGGUGAUGUCUGAGGAAAGCGUGAAGCGGCUGCUGAAGGAGAUGGGCAAGCUGCCCAGCAGCCAGGGGCCAGACCUCGGCGCGUUCCUGCAGUCAGACAUCAACAUCGUGGGGCCGAGGUUCACCUUCGCGCGGCUCUGGCGGCUGCUGGAGGAGCAGCGCAAGGCUGCACUCAGCUGGGUGCAGGAGGAAUUCAUCGUGCUGGUGUACACCAUCCUGGCGGCCCUGCUAGCGUCGACCGGUUUGGCAGUUGGCAUCACGAAGCAGCGCCUUGCCAGACUGGACCUUCUUCGCCCUGCCCAAAGCCACUGGGUUGAUUGA